GGUACCCGCCCCUUCUUCCUGGUGUCUCACGUCAUCGUUCUCGCUUCCCGGUAACUAAGGCAACUUCCCACUGAGGCGGGCGGACGUCGUUUUUGAUCAGGGCAAAGCCCUGAGGAGAGCUGGCUGUGUCUAGGAAACAGUCCGGCGGACCCCGGGGUAUUUUUGAAGACAACUUUUGGGAUGAACGUGAGGAAACGUGUAUUCGACCAACUGUGGUUUUUGAGGUGUCUUGCCCUUUCCUAACAUGGCGGAACGACUCCUCUGAAUGUCUUAUUUCCGCUCGUCUGCCGGAGAGGCGCUCUUUGAUUGGCCUGAAGACGGCGCUGUGGCGUGACGCACAACGACGCUGACCAAUCGGCUGAGAGCUGAGCUGGACUUGGCGGUGCGUGCCGAAGCAGCGCUCUACCAGCUGCGGGUGCGGACUGCUGGGGCCAGGCGAGCGGCUGGGGAGCACAGUUCCUUUUUAGACCAUGGCGACAUAUCAGGAGUUUAUUCAGCAGAAUGAAGAUCAGGAUGGUGUUCGUUUUAGUUGGAACGUGUGGCCUUCUAGCCGUCUUGAGGCAACGAGAAUGGUGGUCCCCCUGGCUUGUCUCCUGACUCCUUUAAAAGAACGUUCAGACUUGCCUCCUGUCCAGUAUGAACCUGUACUUUGCAGCAGGCCAUCUUGCAAAGCCAUUCUCAAUCCACUCUGUCAGGUUGAUUAUCGAGCAAAACUUUGGGCCUGUAAUUUCUGUUUCCAGAGAAAUCAGUUUCCUCCAGCUUAUACAGGCAUAUCUGAGGUGAAUCAACCUGCUGAAUUGAUGCCCCAGUUUUCUACAAUUGAAUACGUGAUACAGCGAGGUCCUCAGAUCCCUCUGAUCUUCCUCUAUGUGGUCGACACUUGCCUGGAGGAGGAUGACCUUCAAGCCCUCAAGGAGUCCCUGCAGAUGUCCCUGAGCCUCCUUCCUCCUGAUGCACUCGUGGGCCUGGUCACAUUCGGCAGAAUGGUGCAGGUUCACGAACUCAGCUGUGAAGGCAUCUCCAAAAGCUAUGUCUUCCGAGGGACCAAGGAUUUGACUGCAAAGCAAAUCCAGGAUAUGCUGGGCCUCACCAAACCCGCUCUGCCUAUACAGCAAGCACGACCUGCUCAACCCCAGGAGCACUCUUUCAUUUCAAGCAGAUUUCUGCAGCCCAUUCACAAGAUCGACAUGAACCUCACUGAUCUCCUUGGGGAGUUGCAAAGGGACCCAUGGCCAGUAACUCAGGGGAAGAGACCACUGCGAUCCACUGGUGUGGCUUUGUCCAUUGCAGUUGGCUUAUUGGAGGGCACCUUUCCAAACACGGGAGCCAGGAUCAUGUUGUUUACUGGCGGUCCCCCCACCCAAGGGCCUGGCAUGGUGGUUGGAGAUGAAUUAAAGACUCCUAUUCGUUCCUGGCAUGAUAUUGAAAAAGAUAAUGCACGUUUCAUGAAAAAGGCAACCAAGCACUAUGAGAUGCUUGCUAAUCGAACGGCUGCAAAUGGUCACUGCAUUGAUAUUUAUGCCUGUGCUCUUGAUCAAACUGGACUUUUGGAGAUGAAGUGUUGUACAAAUCUUACUGGAGGUCACAUGGUGAUGGGAGAUUCUUUCAACACUUCUCUCUUCAAACAGACAUUCCAAAGGAUUUUUAGUAAAGAUUUUAAUGGAAAUUUCCGAAUGGCUUUUGGUGCUACUUUGGAAGUAAAGACCUCUCGGGAGCUGAAGAUUGCAGGAGCCAUUGGUCCGUGUGUAUCUCUGAAUGUGAAAGGACCGUGUGUGUCAGAAAAUGAGCUUGGUGUUGGUGGUACAAAUCAGUGGAAAAUCUGUGGCCUGGAUCCCACGUCCACACUUGGAAUCUACUUUGAAGUAGUCAAUCAGCACAACGCCCCGGUCCCCCAAGGAGGCAGGGGUGCCAUCCAGUUUGUCACACAGUAUCAGCACUCCAGCACCCAGAGGCGCAUCCGUGUUACCACCAUCGCCCGGAAUUGGGCAGAUGCACAGAGUCAGCUCAGACACAUAGAAGCAGCAUUUGACCAGGAGGCCGCAGCAGUCCUGAUGGCACGGCUGGGAGUCUUCCGAGCGGAGUCAGAGGAGGGGCCCGACGUGCUCCGGUGGCUGGACCGACAACUCAUCCGCCUGUGUCAGAAGUUUGGACAGUAUAACAAAGAAGAUCCCACUUCUUUUAGGUUGUCAGAUACCUUUUCUCUGUAUCCUCAGUUCAUGUUCCAUCUUAGAAGAUCUCCGUUUCUUCAAGUGUUUAACAACAGUCCUGAUGAGUCGUCAUAUUACAGGCACCAUUUUGCCCGGCAGGAUCUGACCCAGUCCCUCAUCAUGAUCCAGCCCAUUCUCUACUCCUAUUCGUUCCAUGGCCCACCGGAGCCAGUGCUCCUGGACAGCAGCAGCAUUCUUGCUGACAGGAUUUUGCUGAUGGAUACUUUCUUCCAGAUUGUCAUCUACCUUGGUGAGACGAUAGCCCAGUGGCGUAAAGCUGGGUACCAGGACAUGCCUGAGUAUGAAAACUUCAAGCACCUUCUUCAGGCACCACUGGAUGAUGCUCAAGAAAUUCUGCAAGCACGCUUCCCAAUGCCACGAUACAUUAACACAGAGCACGGAGGCAGUCAGGCUCGAUUCCUUUUGUCCAAAGUGAACCCAUCUCAGACACACAAUAACCUAUAUGCUUGGGGACAGGAAACCGGAGCACCCAUCCUAACUGACGACGUCAGCCUGCAGGUGUUCAUGGACCACUUGAAGAAGCUGGCUGUCUCCAGUGCCUGCUAGGCCGAGGGGGUGCCCAGGAAAGCAAAAGGAACCAUGUCAGAUGGUGUUCAUGAUUGUUAAUAAAGGCUUAAUAACAUUCCUUUCACCUUUCUGGCUAAUUUUAAUAAAUAGUCAAAGAUUUUGUAUGUAACUCUUUAGAGUGUAAUUUAUUUGUAUUCUUUAUCUGUGCCCUUUCUUGCACCAUAAAAUUAAAAAAUCAUAGAUGUUUUGGUACUUGUAGAUGUUUAUGUGCUUUUUGUAUAUUGACUUUAAAGUCUGCAUGAAAUCAGAGGUCAUGUUUUUGGCAGCUUGCCCAGAUGAAAAUCAUAAUGAUCAGAAAGGAAAUAAACCUGGAUGAGGAAAGCACUGGCUAACAGAUGCUUAUACAAAUUUGACUUCCUGAGGUCUCUUUGUGAAUGUGUGUGUUUUUAAGUGACUCCUCCAAAGCUACUUCCUGAACUUAACCCUCAUUUACUGUCUAAAUGUCAACAGACCAGGGCAAAGUAUGAAUGGAGUGGCACCAUCCCUAACUUACAUGUAGCAUUGAGUGUAGAUAGUACAGCCCACGUAGAGUAAAGAGUGGCCCAUGAACAUAAUUGGCUCUAACAGAGUGCCAGCAUGUUUGUCUUUGGGCAUCACUUGAACAGGUACUGAUUUUUCAUCAAAGUAAUAAAAUGUAUGUACAUGGUAAAAACAAAUUAUCCUAAAGAGCUUAUAACAAAUAAUAGUUCCCUCUCCUUCCUAAACCUACACCUAUCCUUUAACCUUUUUCUUGCAUGUCUUUUUGUUGUUCAUAAAUCAAUUUUAGCCAAUAUCUCUCAUUUCCCAAUUUGGUGGAUUGAGGCUAUUAGGACCUUUCUCUCUACCACCCAGUUUUGGUCAACUGUACUUUUAUAUCAUCAGGUUGGUAAAUUUUACAUUCUGACCUGUAAUUAUAGUUAUGUCUUUUUUUUCUCUGAAUUGUUUCUGAAAGUUAAAAACUAAUAAAGCGCUUUUCCACAGUU